GCACUCUCAACUGAAGCAGAUGAGCACGGACAACUUUGCUCCCAUCAAGUGGGCUCAGCGCAAGGACCGCGUCUUCCUCACCAUUGCUCUGCAGGACGUCAAGGAUGAGAAGAUCUCGCUGACUGACGAAAAGCUCGAGUUUGAGGCUGUGGCCGGGACCGACUCGCAGUCGUACAAGGCUGACAUUGAGUUCUUUGAGGCUAUCGAUGCCGAGAAGUCCUCGUUUGUUGUCCGCCCGCGUCAGGUCGAGUUCCUUCUUAUGCGCAAGGAGGAGGGCUCGCACUGGCCGCGUCUGACCAAGAACAAGCUCAAGGCUCAGUGGCUCAACACCGACUGGUCCAAGUACGUCGACUCGGAUGAGGAGGACGAGGCUGACGACGCCGGCCUUGGCGACUUUGGCAUGGGCGGCGGCAUGGGCGGCGGCAUGCCCGGCGGCAUGGACCUGCAGUCACUGAUGGCCUCCAUGGGCGGCGGUGCCGGCGGCAUGCCUGGCAUGCCUGGCAUGCCUGGCAUGGGCGGCAUGGGCGGCAUGCCCGGCAUGGGCGGCCCCGCCGACUCGGACGACGACUCGGACGACGGUGGCAUCCCCGGCCUCGACGAAGACGAUGGCCCGCCGCCGCUCGAGGACUGA